AUGAAGUUUUCUACUGCAUUGUUCUUCUGCCUAUUGGGCCUUUUAUCCAUUUCCCACGCCGCGCCGGCCCCACAAGGGGGUUCAGGCAGCUUCACCUCCCGGAGUACCAAAAGACUACCAACCCUCGCCGAUGCCUUAUCCGGGAACUUCAGCUACGAGCCAGCCUCUUUGCGGUGGAUUUAUGCCGAGGGUUCCGAGGACGGGACAUACGUGGCGCAGGACAGCUCGACUUUGAGCCUAAUGCGAUGGGACAUCCGUACCAAUACCAGCAGCAUAUUCGUCGACAUCGGCGAGUUGAAGUUACCUGAUUACUUCAACUACUCCAUCCAGCCGUCUGCGAAGCACGUCCUGUUUCGUACAAAUUUCACAACACAAUACGAUCACUCGUAUUCCGCCGAUUACUAUGUAUGGAACGUGGAGGCGAAGACCUUGGUUCCCCUCGUCGAGGGACAGAAUAGUGAUGUGCAAUAUGCCGAGUGGGGUCCCCAUGGCAAUGUGAUUGUCUAUGUCCGGGGGCAUGAUCUGUUUAUUUGGAAGGACGGGGUGAGCACUAGGGUUACCAACGAUGGGCGGGAGAGUAUAUUAACGGUUUUCCCUUUUUUUUUCUACUUUGGUGGGGAGUCAGAAAUGUUCUCGAACUGGUAUACGUUGUGUUUCUCGCCGGAUGGGGAGUAUCUCGCGUACUUGAGGUUUAAUCAGACGGGAGUACCAACAUAUAAUCUGCCCUACUAUAUGGGCGGGGAAGAGGUUGCCCCAACUUACCCUGAAGAGCACCGUAUUAAGUAUACUAAGGCAGGGGAGAAACUCCCCGUCGUUACCUUUCAUCUGCUCGAGGUCAAAAAUCCGUCUGUCUCGAGGAAGAUUGACCUUAAGACUUAUACUCCGGAUAAUAUGGUCAUCACCGAGGUUGCCUGGGUCGCGGAGAAGCAUGAGCGUGUCAUAGUCCGCACACAGAGCAGGACACAGGAUACUGAGAAGAUGGUUUUAGUUGAUGUUGAGAGCGGGAAUACGAAGGUUGUGAGGGAGAGGAACGCCACAGAUGGGUGGUUGGAUGAAUUUCGUGCUAUCAUCUGUGAGUUACCAUUCCGGGACGUCCCCGGACUUUCUACUCCUUCGUAUCUGGAUAUCUCGGAUCAUUCCGGCUGGACGCAUAUUUACCUCUACCCAGUGGCUGGUGGUGAACCAAUUGCGUUGACCUCUGGGAAUUGGGAAGUCACGACGAUCUACUCAGUUGACACUAAGCGCCGUCUAGUCUAUUACCAAUCCACCGAGCGUGAUUCUACAGAACGCCAUAUAUUUUCUGUGAGUCUCGAAGGCAAGACCAAAAAGUCUCUUGUAGACAUCACCAAGGAAGGGUAUUACGAUGCUAGCUUCUCCCCCGGAGGGGGGUACUACAUCCUCAGCUACCUUGGGCCAAACCUUCCAUGGCAAGAACUUCGCAGCAUAAGCCCCGAUACACCGAUCCGGGUGAUAAAUGAUAACGCCCCCCUUAAGAAAAAACUUUCCGAAUAUGCUCUUCCCAAAACUUCCUGGUCGACACUCAAGCACCCAGAUGGAUAUGAGCUUAACCUCUUUGAAAGCCUUCCACCAAAGUUCCGUAAGGGGGUGAAAUACCCGGUCCUAUUCUAUAUAUAUGGCGGUCCGGGCUCGCAAGAAACAGGGAAGACCUUCCGCCAGACGGUCGACAUUUACUCAUACUUGGGGUCGGAUCCUGAGUUGGAGUAUAUAGUGAUAACCGUGGACAAUCGUGGGACAGGGUUUAAAGGACGGAAGUUCCGUUCCCUGGUUACCGGUCAGCUAGGAAAAUUGGAGGCUCAAGACCAAGUUUGGGCCGCUAGGGAGUAUGCAAAGCGAGACUAUGUCGACGCGAAGAAGAUUGCAAUUUGGGGGGCGAGCUACGGCGGGUACCUUACCGGUAAAGUUCUCGAAUUAGAUUCCGGAGCAUUCUCUUUAGGCAUUAUGGCAGCCCCAGUGACCGAUUGGCGCUUCUACAAUUUCAUGUACUCUGAACGCUACAUGAAACUCCCAACUACAAACAGCGCGGGGUACAACGCCUCGGCGAUAACCAAAACUGCAGGAUUCGAGAACGUUGCUGGCGGCUUCAUCAUCCAGCACGGGACCGGCGACGACAAUGUCCAUUUCCAGAACUCGGCUGCUUUUGUCGAUGCGCUGGUUAAUGAGGGCGUGAGUCCUGAGAAGAUGCGGGUGCAGUGGUUCACUGACUCGGAUCAUUACCUUUAUUUCCAUGGAGCUACAGAAUUUCGACAUAAGCAGUUGGCUAUGGCGCUCUACGAUGAGAAGAGGAGGAUACCCGAGGGGGCGCAUCAAUGGAGUCGCAGGGGGAACUGA